AAUCUUUUUAUAAGUUAAACAAAACCUACUUUAAGAAAUGCAUUGCUCUAUUUUUUUUCUUGGGAGUCUUCAUGCAUAUCCAAUAGUAGUCCACGCACAAAGAUCCCAAACGAUGAACAAGAGAAAAAAUCGGGAAAAGGACAGCGGUGAGGAUAACGGCGGCGGCGGCGGCCGCGGAGGAGACAUGUUGUGCCUCACCUUGGCGUGCAAAGGGCUGGGAUCUCCCCAGCCGCAACCCUUCAUCCUCCCGCCGCCUCAGCCUGCAGCGCAGGCGGCGGUUUCGCCGCCGGCGCAGGGUCAGGAGCAACCGCUGGCGGCUCCGUUCCGGCAAGUGCGCCAGCGGCGGCGGAACUCGUCGCAGGGCCCGCGGGAGGGGAAGAGCGAGACGAUAGCUCCCCCGUUCUCGUGGGCCACGGAGCGGCGAGCGACCGUGCAACCCCUGAGUGAGUUACUCUCCCGGGGAAUAUCGGUGAUCACGGGGGAGGUGCAGUGCAAGCGGUGCGAGCACGCGUACGAGAUGGAGUUCGACCUGGAGAAGAAGUUCUACGAGGUCGGGAACUUCAUAAGGGACCACAAAACCGACAUGCACGAGCGGGCCCCGGAGGUAUGGAGGAACCCUGUCCUCCCGGCCUGCAAGUUCUGCGACCAGGAGAACAGUGCGAAACCAGUCAUCGCCAGCAGCAAAAAGGCCAUAAACUGGCUGUUUUUGCUGCUGGGACAAUUGCUGGGUUGUUGCACCCUGGAGCAGUUGAGGUAUUUCUGUAAACACACAAAGAACCACAGAACGGGGGCAAAGGAUAGGGUGCUCUACCUCACAUAUCUCAAUCUGUGUAAGCAGCUUGACCCCGCCGGACCUUUUGAUCGUUGCUAGUAUUAUGUUGAUGGGUUUAUUGUUUUAUUUUAUUAAUGCAUGGUUUUAGAUGAGAUUAUUGAUUAUGGUCUUGUUUGUAAUCAAAUUAAAUGAUUAACGUUUAU